GGCAUGAAACCCAAAAGUCGACGUAAACGGAUUCCGAGAUCAUCAGCAAACGAAGCACAGGAACGAACAGGGUUUACCUAGUAGGAUCCGGCUACUAGCUAUUUUUAGGCCACCGGAUCACCCAUUUGGGUAGCUCGUAUCGUGGCUUACCACCAAGCGAUUACAUCCUAUGGUCCGACUUGUGUGAGUGGACGAAUGACAGCGAGCAGCGCGGAGACCUCUUUUCGUAAACGGAGGCGGUCUCUUGGAGAAGAUAUUAAUCAUGAGACCAAGUGGUACCGGAUGCUACCUGACGAUGAUAACGUUACUCCAGUACAUCCUCACAACUCAUCAGACGUGCCGGUAUCUUGCACCCUCGCAGCAUCCUGCUUGAACUUCUCAUUCCAAACAGUUGAUGCCUACCGGGAGCACUACCGUGAGGCCCAUGUGCUCCUGUGCUUUGUUUGUGGGCGUAUUUUACCUACCGCAUACUUGCUGGACAUUCAUCUCCAGGAGAUGCACGAUAGUUUUUUCCAGGUUUUAGCCGCUCAGCAAGAUAUGUACCGGUGCCUGGUGGAGGGAUGUACCACUCUGUCAUCCACUGCACAAUCCCGAAAUCAUCACUUCAGUCAUUCACAUUCACUUAACAAGGAGUAUGAUGUUCGCGUGGUCUUUGGAGAAGAUCCACAUGAAGUGAGAUCAAGUGAACCGGAUUCCAGGCUUCUCUUGCUUUCCCCAGCGGACGCCGCAACUGUAGCGAGUUACGAUACGUGCGAUUUAGACAGUAUAUAGAAGCCGCAGAGUUUUAACACAUAUUUAAAUCGGUCAAUUUUUGUACAGAAUAAGCUGCAAUAUACAAGACUGCUAUGACUGGGGGGAGCGCAUUAAGGACUGGUUGAUGGAUUUGGCCACGCUAGAAAACAGUCGCUCGAUUUCCGGAGCACACCGUAUGAAGUUCGUAUGAUCCCAGAAAUUGUAACGCGGGUUUCGGAUCAAUUCGAUAAACGUUAUCAGAAGGCCGUACGGAUGUGGU